GGCUCCGGGGCCUCAGUUCCAGCAACGCGGGGCGGGGGGUGGGCACGGCCCUAGCCUGGCACCAUGUCGACCAAGCGCGAUAUCGUCCUGACCAACGUGACGGUCGUCCAGCUCCGGCGACAGCCGCGCCCGGUUGCUAGGGCGCCGCCUCCCCCGCCUCCUCCCCCAGAGCCAGAGCCGGAGCCAGAACCAGAGCCGGAGCCAGAACCGGAGCCAGAGCCGGAGCCAGAACCGGAACCAGAGAAACCACCAACACCCCCGCCCCCGCCACCCCCUCGCGCACCAUCUAUUCAAAAGAUGCCAGAUCUGACUGUGGGGAUCAACGGGUUUGGCCGCAUCGGCCGGCUGGUGCUGCGCAUCUGCCUGGAGAGGGGCGUGAAGGUCGCGGCCAUUAACGACCCUUUUAUCGACCUCAACUACAUGGUUUACAUGUUUAAGUAUGACUCUACACAUGGCCGCUACAAGGGACAAGUCAAGGCCAAGGAUGGGAAGCUGGUGGUGAACACCCAGAAGAUCACAGUCUUCCAGCGAGCCAAGCCCAACGAGAUCCCCUGGCGCCAGGAGGAGGUGCUCUACGUGGUGGAGGCCACGGGUGCCUUUGUGACUAAGGACAAAGCCUUGGGUCACAUCCAGGGAGGGGCGAGGCGAGUGGUGAUCACUGCCCCUUCCCCUGAUGCCCCCAUGUUUGUCAUGGGCGUCAAUGAGAAAGAGUUCAACUCAACCAUGACCAUCGUCAGCACUGCCUCCUGCACCACCAACUGCCUGGCACCUCUGGCCAAGGUCCUGCACGAGAAGUUCGGAAUCGCUGAGGGCCUCAUGACCACAGUCCACGCCUACACAGCUACACAGAAGACAGUGGACGCGCCAUCGACCAAGUCCUGGCGGGAGGGUCGAGGGGCUCACCAGAACAUUAUCCCCACGGCCACAGGCGCAGCCAAGGCCGUGGGCAAGGUUCUCCCAGAGCUGGAUGGGAAGCUGACGGGGAUGGCGUUCCGGAUCCCCAUCUCCGACGUGUCGGUGGUUGACCUGACGUGCCGGCUGCUGUCACCAGCACCAUACCCUGAGAUCAAGGAGGCUGUGCGGAAGGCUGCACAGGGGCCCCUGGCUGGCAUCCUGAGCUACACGGAGGACGAGGUGGUCUCCACCGACUUCAUCGGAGACAAACACUCGUGUAUCUUCGAUGCCGCUGCGGGGAUCUCACUCAACAACCAGUUCGUCAAGCUCAUUGCCUGGUACGACAACGAAUUUGGCUACAGCCAGAGGGUGGUGGAUCUGCUGAGCCACAUGUACAACUGUGAGAAAUGAAGGCUGGGCCGCCCCUCCGGAUUCUGGCCGCAGCCCGCCCUUACCCAGGCCCCCGGACCUGCCCCCAGGCCCCAGGACCUGCCCCCAGACACAGCCCCCGGCACCCAGGGGGAGGGCACAGGUCCUGGCUUGUCUGUCAGACCAGUGCAAUAAAUAGCCCCGCUGCCGGCCGUGCACAUGCA